AUGGCGCUUAAAACAAAAGGUCUUUUCGUCAUUGGGGCCAAACGAACGCCAUUUUGUAACUAUGGUGGACCUCUCAAAGAAGUGACUGCCUCGCAUAUUUUUGCCGCUGCAGCAAAAGAUGCUAUUGAUUCUGCCAACAUUAAGUCUGAUAUUAUAGAUUCUACAGUAGUGGGGAAUAUAAACUUUCUCAGUCAGUGCGAUGGCGGAAAGACUCCUAGGUACUGUGGGUCCUACUCGGGCGUUCCAAUAGAACGACCGGCGUUAGGGGUCAAUAAGGCUUGCGGGACAGGUUUACAGGCAGUGGUUUCUGGCGGCAUGGAUAUCUUAACUGGAUCGGCUAAGGUGUGUCUUGUUGGUGGCACUGAGCUAAUGUCGUCCCUUCCCAUGCUGGUUAGGAACGUUCGGUUCGGGACUAUUCUAGGUGCGAAGUACCAAAUGGAAGACCAUAUAAAAAGACAGCUAGUAGACAGCUUUUGCGGGUUGGGCAUGGACGAGAUAGCGGAAAAUUUAGCAAAACGAUAUAAGUUCUCCAGGGAAGCUGUCGAUCGAUAUGCAUUGGAGAGUCACUUGAAAUGUACUUCAGCUGCAGAACAGACAAUAUUCGAGGACGAAAUCACCCCUGUAUUAAACAGUGAUAAUGAAGAAAUUGUUGCGAAAGAUGACAUUCCGCAAACGGAUUUAACUUUAUCCGAACUAGCUGCGCUGCCUUUGGCGUUAAACGGCGGUUCUGUCGUCACUUCUGGUAACUCUUCGGUGCCGGCAGAUGGCGCGGCGGCGCUGAUCUUAGCUAAUGAGGAGUCGGUAAACAAUCAUCAGCUGACGCCGCUGGCCAGACUGACGGCGUGGGCAACUGUUGGCGUGAAUCCGACGGAAGCUGGUCUAGGGGCCGUCCUCGCUGUCCAGAAACUGCUCGCCGCGACCGAAAAGAAGAUACAGGACGUUGAUUUGUUCGAGAUAAACGAAACAUUCGCUUCACAAGCGAUGGCUAUAAUCGAAGAACUGAAAGUAGAGAGCAAUAAGGUGAACAUCAGCGGAGGCGCAUUGUCCAUUGGCCAUCCUGUGGCCGCCACAGGGGCUAGAAUGGCAACACAUUUGGCACACCGGAUACGAAGGAAUAAGGCGAGGAUAGCAGUGGCUGCUUCGAGUUGCGGCGGCGGGCAAGGCAUUGCUAUCAUGUUGGAGUCUGCA